AUGGCCUCCUCGCCCCGCUCCAUCUCGUCCGACGAAAAAACGAAAGAAGAAGAAGUCAUCCUCGAAGCGCAAGCAGACCCCUCAAUCGACUCCCCACCCACCACCAAAGAUGGCUCCUCCCCCGACCCCGCCCCUCCAACAGCAGAACUCGACGGCGGCCUGCGCGCCUGGUUCCAAGUCGUCGGCUCCUGCCUCGUCUUCGCCAACCUGUGGGGCUUCACCUUCGCUUUCGGCAGCUUCCAAUCGUACUUCGAGCUGCAUCUGCUGCGCUCCGAGUCGGCGUCGAGUAUUGCGUGGAUUGGCACUACGCAGGUCUUUCUGCUCAUUUUCGGCGGCGUGUUGACGGGCCCGUUUUUUGAUUUGGGGUAUUAUCGUGGGAUGCUGCUGGCUGGAGCGGCGAUUGAGACGAUCGGUGUGUUCAUGACGAGUCUGUGUCAUGAGUGGUAUCAGUUUUUCCUUGCGCAGGGCGUGUUGAUGGGGUUGGGCUGUGCGUUGCUUUAUAUUCCGGGCAUGGCACUCGUUGGUCGCGCGUUCAAGAAGAAUCGUGCGAUUGCACUCGCCGUUACGACCUGUGGCGCACCGACGGGCGGUAUCAUAUACACCGUCAUCUUCCAGCAACUCAUCCCUCGCGUGGGCUUCGGGUGGACGGUGCGGAUCAUGGGAUUCGUGAUGCUGGGCAUGUACACUCUCGCCAUCCCACUGUGUCUCUUCCGCGUCACAAAUGUCGGUAACCUGUCAUCAGGAACGAAGCGGAAACUCCUGGACCUGCGCGCCUUCCGCGACCUCCCCUUCUGCUGGUACACGUUUGCAAACUUCCUCGUCUUUACAGGCUACAUGAUCCCCUUCAACUUCAUGGCAGCCUUUGGCGAAACGAGCAUCAACCUCACGCAAUCCGUCUCCCUCACAGUCAUCAUCGCAGCCCAAGCGAGCUCCAUCGGCGGCCGCCUGAUAGCAGGCUGGACCGCGCGCCGCAUCGGCGUCAUGGUCCCGUGGAUCACCUGCGCCUUGACGGCCGGCAUCCUCUGCAUAGCGUGGAUCGGCGCACGCAGCAAAUCCUCCUUCUUCGCCGUCGCCUCCCUCUACGGCUGCUUUUCCGGCGCUCUCAUCCCCCUACCCCCCAGCGUGUUCCCCGUCGUCUGCCCCGAUCCAAAAGUUUUCGGGGCGCGCCUGGGCAUGGCGCAGGGCAUUUCGGCUUUUGCGUCGCUGAUUGGGAGUCCGAUUGGAGGCGCGUUGAUUACGAGGGCGAAAGACGGGAGGGAGAAUUUCUUGGGGCUGCAAUUGUUUUCCGGCGCGGCGGAGAUUGCGGGCGGGUGUCUUUUGUUGGGGCUUUGGGUGUUGCUGGUCAAGCGGGGGAGGGGCGGCGGGACGAAGUGGAUAUGA